CGCGCGGCCAGGCGGAAGCACCUCUGCCAUUGGCCCGGCGGCUGCAUUUACCUGCGCGCAGCCCCGGGGCAAGAGCGCAAAGUCCGCGACAUCCAGCGGGAGAGGAGGCGGUCGGCAGUGCAGGUGGGCCUCCGCCCUCAGCCAGGCAACAUGCCCCUGGGGUUGCGGAGAAAGAUGAAAGCCAAGUCCAAGGAGGCCGCCCAGCUGGUGAAGGUCGAGCAGCGGGGCGCGGGCGGCGAUAGCCUCCCGGACCCCAAGCCUCCCACACGCAAGCUGGUUUUCUACACGCAGCUGGCCCACGGCAGCCCCACGGGUCGAGUGGAGGAUUUCACCAGCAUCCGGGAGCUCUACGCCAAGAUCGCGGGAGUGUUUGAGAUCUCGGAGUCUGAGAUCUUAUAUUGUACUUUAAACACACCUAAAGUUGAUAUGGAAAGACUCUUAGGAUCACAUGUAGGUCUUGAAGAUUUCAUAUUUGCCCAUGUGAAAGGGAUCCAAAAAGAAGUGAAUGUGUAUAAAUCUGAGGAUUCACUUGGUCUCACCAUUACAGAUAAUGGUACUGGCUAUGCUUUUAUAAAGAGAAUUAAAGAUGGUAGCCUAAUUGACUCAGUUAAAACAAUCUGUGUGGGGGAUCAUAUCGAAUCCGUAAAUGGAGAAAGUAUCAUUGGGUGGCGUCACUAUGACGUUGCAAAAAAAUUAAAGGAAUUAAAAAAAGAUGAACCCUUUACCUUGAAGUUAGUAGAACCGAAGAAGGGAUUUGAAGUAAAGCCAAGGUCAAAUGCUGGAAAGUCAUCAACAGAAAAAAUUCGUACUGGAAGAGAAACACUUCGCCUGAGAGCAAAGGGUCCUGCCACCAUGGAAGACAUGCCCUCUGAGACCAAAACAAAAGCAAUUGGAAAGAUUGAUGAUCUUCUUGAAUUAUACAUGGGAAUUCAAGAUAUUGAGUUAGCUACCACAAUGUUUGAAGCUGGAAAGGACAAAGGUAAUCCAGAUGAAUUUGCUGUGGCACUUGACGAAACUCUUGGAGACUUUGCGUUCCCAGAUGAAUUUGUCUUUGAUGUUUGGGGAGUCAUUGGUGAUGCGAAACGAAAAUGAUGAUGACGUGGAUGAUCCAUCUCUGGAGAAAUGAACCAUUCUUUUAAAAAAAAUCCAUAAGAUCUGUUUUUAGACACUGUUACAGACUCUGGUUUGGUCUUAUGUGUAUGGAAUACUUCUUUGAAAUAUAAUUUUGGUUUCUGGGUACCUUUUAAUGUGGUUGCAGGUGUGGUAUGCUUAAAAUAAAUCACCUAAAAUAUCAUUUUUAAUAUUCAUUCAAGAGUCUCUUGAAAGUAAGUUUUAGGGAGUAUUUCUAGAGAGAGGAUUUUGUUCCAUUAACAUCUGUGUUUUCUUUUCCACAUGUAAGUAGCUGAUUGCAAUAGCUCUAUAGCUCAUUUUUAAAAUCUUAAUGCAGUGAAACUAGGAUUAGAGUAUGAUUUGCCUCCGAGCAUCUUCAUUUUGUUAUACCACCUGAUCUGGGUAUGUUCAGGAAGUGAAGUGUGAAUUAUGCCCUCUAUGGGUCUAGAAAGCAUUGUUUUUUUUUUUUAAUCCACUGAGUAAGGGGAGGAAGAUUCCUAUAGCCUCUUGACGUCUAUGGCCUACUUUCUUUGUAAAACAAGGAUUGAUUGACUUAUUUUUUUAUUUUUUUGCUUCUUUGUAAUUGCUCCUUUUUAAAAACUUGUUAAAAUCUAUUCUACUUUGUAUGUGUUUGCUUGUGUGGAAUGGUGGAAAAGGCAGAUAGGGUAGAAACACUUAAAUUUGAUUUUUUAAGCAGUUCUUAAACCAUUCUUUUUUCUACUCAUAUCCACUUUUAUGUUACUCUUUAUAAGCACUCCAGGGAAGGUUUUUAUAGUCUUUGUAGAACUUUUCUUUUGAAAGAUAUUUGCUCAGAAAAUAACUAUGUUUGAGAAUGAUUUUUUUUUUUUGGGUGAAAGAGCAACGCUUUUAAAAAGCCCCCUAAACUUUAGAGGAGAUACUAUCAGAAAUCGAUUUCCCCCAGUGGAAAUGAAGGAGGACGGGAGGAAUUGAGAAAAUGUAUUAGUCUAAUAUUUUAGAGUUCUAACAUACUUGCUCUAAAGCCUUACAUUAUUGGGAAAAUUGAGGGCAAAUGACUGUCUUAUCACUCUUAUUUGACAUUUUAUGGAUGUCAGAGAAUGGAAAUGAAUGGUUUCAACAUAGAUCAUUUAAUAAGGCAGAGCAUGGUGUGACCAAGCAUUCUUCUCAAGUGUUAGAUGAAAAAUGCUGUGUGCUGCCAUGGUAAUCAGGAAUAAUAACCCACGAGGGCGGUAUUCCAGGAAAUCAGAAGUAGUUCUCUUUUCAUGCUGAGUUAAUGCUUUGGUAACUGUUGUUUCCUGGUGCAGCUUUACUUUUCCUGACCUCCACUCCUUUCACAUAAGUGUAAUGCUUUGAAGCAGAUACUCUUUGUCUCAUUAAUCUGAGACCUGUACAGAAGCCCUGUUUUAGUCAUUAAUGUGUAACUAAAGGAGUUUAUAGAACAUGGAUUGUAUUAAUGCACUUGCCCAUCAUUUGAAAAUGGGAACAGGCUCAGGCUAUAAUUUGUUGUUACUUGUUUCAUGGAUUUCUUUUGGAGCUCCCCAAGUAUCUAUUCAUUUUUUUUUAAGUUAUUUUUAAUUUUUUAAUUUUUAAUUUUUAUUUUAAGAUACCUACCAAUUCUUAAUACCACCUCUCUUAGAAGGACACACAAAGAGAUGAUAUUUUUAAAGAUGAGAAAGUUGAGGCCCAUAGAAGCACUUGAGUUCAAACAAAAAAAAAAUUUCUUGGCACUAGAUAUUAGAUUUGAAAUGAUGAGUCAUUGUUUAUUGUUGAUGGAUGUCUGUUUCUUCCUUUUUGGGCGUGCAGGAAGGUUGACACAGAUUCUCUGUGAUUUAUGGAAUCUCCUAUUCAUGAUUUUUCUAGAAUUUUGACGUGUAAGGUACCAAUGUCCAUGUACAGUGGUAACUCUACCUGCCUGUUAGUUUAAAUGGUAGUUCUCAUCAUUUAGGGCUUCAGCUGGACACAGGUACUUCAGUACUAAUAGGUUUUUCCUUGAAAUGUCUUUCUCUCUCACCUCUAUUGCUAAGCUGACAACAAGGUCGGUUUCUUUGUCAUUUUGUUUCCUUCCCUGAAAAUGUAUCUGUUUGUGAACUUUGUGCCUUUCGGUAACUUUUAAAAGAGCAGGGUCUCAUUUUAGUUCUCACUGUCUACAGUGUGGGCUACCCUUCUGCUACUACAACGAGACCAAUCUUUUUUUUUCCCCCCAGUAAACAUGCUAUUUCAUUGAUACCAGUAAAUGUUUCCAGAAGACCUCUGUCGUUUUCUUGUUUUACAGUUUUUUUACCCCCCAGUGGAGGAGGAUUAUUUUAUUCUUGAUUUCCCUCCAUGCAGAAUUGCAUCUUUCAGGGGCGGCUAAGAGCACACUGUGUGUUUUCUCUGUGGCAGAGUAUGCAGUUGGGGACCGAACGUUGGACUUGAUGGGGACUUGAACAUAGCUUGCUCCUCAUCAAGAAUAGAUACGCUACAUAUGCUGCUGAUUAUAAAUAGGUACAUCUUGGGUUUCUGUGAUGUUUCAAAAAUAUAUAAUUAUAUGAUGUAAAACUCUUUAAGAAUUCAAUUAUAAAAGCAAUAAUCAGUAACCUCUACUUGGGACUGCUGUAUCCAAUACUGUAAUGUAAACAGGUAAUUAGAAAUAACUUAAUUUUGCCAAAUGAUUAAUUUGCUGUAUUUCCCCCUAUAACUUUAACAAAUAGAGAUUUCCCAAGUAAAGCAUGUUUUCUUUAGGUCCAUGUUAUUGCUAGACCUUCAUCAAAUCUGGAGAGAGCCUUCCUGGCAUCCUUGCCUAUCAUUGCCUAUCUAGCAUAGUAGAAAAAUGAAUUUCAUCUGCAAAAUAGAGUUUUCAAAAUAAUGCUUUUUCUAAAUAGGGCACAGUUAUCUGCCGAAGAUGUAAAAGAUCGAUGAUGUAAUGACCCUUUCACCCUCUGAUACAUCUAACAAUAUACAGAUACUGAUAGCAUAGUUAUUAAUCUGGUGAAAAUAAUGGGUUAGAAGGACAGUUCAGUGUUUUACCCAAGCUAUGAGUGAAUAAAAAGAUAGGAGAUGCUGUUCAGUUCAAUCCCAGGAGCCAGUGCUCUGUGUAAAAUGCACAUUUAUUAACUUCCUGACACAGUUUGAAAGGGACAUCAGCGUAAUUACAAGUCCUUACACAUAUCAUGGUUAUAAAAUGUCUCUAAGAUUGUGAAGUGUACAAAUGGCACAGCUUGUCCCUACCUCUUACCUGAAAACCUAGUUCUAAGAAAUGACUCAUGUUUAUUAUCUGCUGGGAGGGUGAAAAUUGAAUAUGACAUCUUUAUCUCAAUUUGAGACAUUAAGCCUCUAUAAAACUUAAGUAUAGCCAUAGAUAUUUUUAAAGCAGUAACAAAAAAAUUUUUUUCUGUUAGUUUUAAAUAAACAUUUUAUAUUUUGAACUGUUCGUGGCAUGCAAUGGUAUUGACUAUAUGCAGGUAAAAUAUUCUUUGUUUUUGGGGGAAAAAAUUUUGUCCUUUUUAAAAAAUCAUAGCAUAUGCUUUAAAAUGUAUUUUGAGAUUGAAUUUUGGAAAUUUAUUAAUUUGUGAAAUUAUAACAUAUUUUAUUUAAAACUUAUUUGCUGUAUUUCUACUUACAGAUUGUACAAAUGUUUAUGUAUUGA